ACUCAUCGUGAAGUACAAGAUGGCGGCGGUACUUUCCGAAGAAUCGCACUUUAAAGAUACUAAUGAGAUACAGGAGGAAGGGGAUGACGAAAUUGAAGACAUACAAGAAGCUGGAGGAGAUCCUGUGAGCAAAAAGAAAAAAAAGAAGAAGAAAAAGAAGAAGGGUCAGUUAUAUGGUUCUUCCUCUAUGAACAAGCAACAGACUGAUCCUCCUACUGUGGCUGUAUCAGAACUUUUUCCAGAUGGCAACUUUCCCAUUGGACAGAUCAUGAGUUACAAGGAUUACAAUUUGUGGCGUGAAACAAGUGAAGAAAAGAGAGCCCUUGAUCGAGCGCAGAGUGACAUGUACAGUGAUGUGCGACAAGCUGCUGAGGCCCACAGACAGGUAUUGAGACCAGACAGACAGGUAUUGAGACCAGACAGACAGGUAUUGAGACCAGACAGACAGGUAUUGAGACCAGACAGACAGGUAUUGAGACCAGACAGACAGGUAUUGAGACCAGACAGACAGGUAUUGAGACCAGACAGACAGGUAUCGAGACCAGACAGACAGGUAUCGAGACCAGACAGACAGUUGAAUUUUUUUUCAAUGGGCAGAGAAAAGAGGAACUGUAGAACUUCCCUUUGUUUGCUCUAUUUCAACAAUUCCAAUUUUAUUUUCCUUGUUCACAGUGAAAAAUUGGAGGAAGCUUCCAGAAAACUUAUAAAUGAAAACAAACUCGAAGCAGGUUUGGCCUUUCCCACUGGAUGUUCCCUGAACCACUGUGCAGCUCAUUACACUCCAAACGCCGGUGAUAAGACAGUCCUACGAUAUGAUGAUGUCUGCAAAAUUGAUUUUGGAACUCAUGUGAAUGGGAGAAUCAUAGACUGCGCCUUCACUGUGUCAUUUAACCCCAAAUAUGACAACCUGCUUGCUGCAGUGAAAGAUGCCACAAAUACUGGAAUAAGGGAAGCCGGAAUUGAUGUGAGGCUCUGUGAUGUUGGUGAAGCUAUACAAGAAGUGAUGGAAUCCUAUGAGGUUGAGCUGGACGGAAAAACUUACCAAGUUAAACCCAUCAGGAAUCUGAAUGGUCAUUCUGUAGCACCAUACAGGAUCCAUGCUGGAAAAACAGUUCCGAUAGUGAAAGGGGGAGAAGCUAUAAAGAUGGAGGAGAAUGAAUUCUUUGCUAUUGAAACAUUUGGUAGUACAGGAAAGGGUAUGGUUCAUGAUGACAUGGAUUGUUCACACUACAUGAAGAACUUUGAGGUUGGACAUGUUCCUUUGAGGGUGCCCAGAGCUAAACAACUUCUGAAUGUCAUCAAUGAGAACUUUGGGACCCUGGCAUUUUGUAGAAGAUGGUUGGAUCGGUUGGGACAGACAAAGUAUCUUUUAGCCCUGAAGAACCUUUGUGAUGCAGGAGUGGUCGAUUCCUACCCACCCCUUUGUGACAUCAAAGGUUGUUACACGGCUCAGUUUGAGCACACAAUACUGUUGAGGCCAACAGUUAAAGAAGUCAUCAGCCGAGGAGAUGAUUACUAGGAGUAUCUUAGUAAACCCCUUCUUUCCCAUGAUCUACUUUUCAUUUCUCAGCAUUGUCUGCCACACAUUCUAAUUAAAUUUAGUGGUGAGAAUCUGGCGUUACAUCAAGCAUUAUCUGCUUGUUGAUUGAUGCUUUGCUUUCUUCUCAUCAGUUUUAUGCUUGGAAAUGCACUGAAUAUGUAAGGAGAGCUUCCCUUUUGAUCACUUUUGGAGUGAAAGGGUCUUUCCUAUGUUAACUAACUUAGUUACCUAAAUUACAUAGAGGGAAAACACUAAAAUUAAUUUGCAAUGUAUUGGGAAGCAAACAGAACCAUUUGGUCGGGAGAGGGGUGGGGGAGCUUAUUUGGGUAUAUAUGCAUUCAGCAAGUAGAAUAUUGUAAAAGUUGGAGAAGAGGUGGUGGUAACAGCAGAGCAAAAAUUGGGGGAGGUUUGGGUUGGGUCAUGUUUAUUACACGCUGGAGCCAAAUCUCCCUUGUAUUUCCACUCCUCUGAUACUAUCACACUAUAGUUGUGCUCUGUUUCAACAACUCUGAAUCAGUAACAUCUGAAACAGGCUGUUAGGAUAAGUAAGAAACCAGAUAACUGGCUUGAAUUUCAAUCAGUUAAAUAUGAAAUAAUUACAGCUAGAAAAGCCAUAAAGCCCUGUUAUUAAUGAUCCAAAUGAAGGUGAAAUGAGUGGCUAAAGAACUGAAAAGUGAAAACCAAAGCAGGAAAACCAUGAACCUCUCACCUCCGCUUAGCACCACAGUUUCAUUAGAAAUUUCCCCCCUUCAACAGUAUCAAUGGUCUAGUUUAAGAUGUGCUUGAGAGAAAAUAUGGAGGAACAAUGUCUAACAUUUAGAGGAAAGCUUUUAACAAACUUUUUUGACACGAAAGGUGUCCUAGGCAUUUGAUUGAAAACUUAAACUUGGUAAUUUACAGGAUUUGCAAUAAAUGUGUUACUUAUUUUACACAGA